AUGGAUCUUGAGACAAAGCUCAGAGAAAACUAUGCCUCACACCCAAUGCAUUUACAAGAAAGCUACUUGAAACCCAGCAUGAAAGAUGAGCUUCCUUUUGGAUUUCCUUCAUGUCAGGGAUCCUUGCAAGAUUUUCACCAUAUUAACCAGUUUAAUAUGAAUGGUUUCUCAUCCAAUCCAGUUUUAGGGGUUCAAACUCCAAAUUUUGAUCCAUUUGAUAAUUCUACCUUUCUUCGUUCACCAGCAGGUUUCGAUGUUUAUGAGUGCAAACCUUCUGUGGAGAAUAAUAGUAGUGGUGGGCAUGCUCAUGUUAUGGACAAUUUCCUAUAUGGAGGUUAUAGUUUGAACCUCCCACAGAGGAAUCAAGUGGAUAUGAUGGUUGCAAACCAAGGUUAUUUGCCCUUCAAUCCUCAAGAAACCAAGCCCGUGAAUUUUGUUGUACCAGAUGAAGUUUCAUGCAUAUCCCCAAUGAAUUAUUACAAAAAAGUUGGCGUGAACAAAAGUAAUAGGGCAUAUCCAACCACUAGAAGGACAUACAAAGUUCGUAAGAAGUCCAACAUAGUAAAGGGACAAUGGACAGUAGAAGAAGAUGGGUUGUUGAUUCAACUGGUCGAACAAUAUGGAUUAAGGAAGUGGUCUCAUAUUGCUCAGAUAUUGCGUGGAAGAAUAGGAAAACAGUGUAGAGAGAGAUGGCAUAACCAUCUAAGGCCUGACAUUAAGAAGGACACGUGGACUGAUGAAGAGGAUAAGAUAUUGAUCCAAGCUCAUUCAGAGAUAGGAAAUAAAUGGGCUGAAAUUGCAAAAAGAUUGCCAGGAAGAACUGAGAACUCAAUCAAAAACCACUGGAAUGCAACCAAGAGAAGGCAAUAUUCCAAAAGAAAGUGUCACUCAAAGUACCCUAGAAGCUCUCUUCUGCAAGAUUAUAUCAAAAGCUUGAACUUAGACAAAAACCCACCAUUAGACUAUCGGAGAAGGUCUUCUGCUAAUGCUAGUUCCAUGAAGAACAAAACUAGCACAAGCAAAGUUGCAGCACUAGCUCAUCCCCAGAUAGCAGAUUGCUCUGUACCAAAUUAUGAUUUUAAUGAGAUCCCAGAUUUUUCCUUCGAUAAGAGUUUGUUUGAAGAAGGGUGUAGUGUUGAUUCUCUGCUAGAUGAAUUGGAUGAGAAGGACUUUGAAGGAAAAAUGAAAUGUGCUCCUAGUAUGGAAGGAAAACAUUCUGACCAGGGAGGAAUGUAUUAUUCUCCUGUUGUGAAUUUUGAUGACAACCUGCCACUGGAGAUUAUGGCACCCAUGCUGGGGGUUGAAGUUAAGAAGGAGCUAGAUUUGGUGGAGAUGAUGUCUCAGGUCAACCAAAUCGUUGAUGUUUAAGUCCUCCUAUGAAUGGCGCCCAUUACAAUAUGCAAACCAUAUAUAUUUAGGAUAUCGAGUCUACCAUCUUCUUUUUUCCAUGCUUAU